GUUUAAACUCUUUUAAUUCACUUAGGCUGUCAUUUUCCUUUCCCCCCAUUUAGGAUGACUACAUCAAAAGCUGGGAGGAUAAUCAGCCAGUUGAUGAAGGUGUGGACACCACUAAGGAUCCCUGCCAGAAAGUGAAAUGCAGCCGGCACAAGGUGUGCAUCGCCCAGGGCUACCAGCGAGCUAUGUGCAUUAGCCGCAAAAAGCUGGAGCACAGAAUCAAACAGCCUACCCUGAAACUCCAUGGAAACAAGGAGAGCUUUUGCAAGCCUUGUCACAUGACCCAGCUCGCAUCUGUCUGUGGCUCCGAUGGACACACUUACAGCUCCGUGUGCAAACUGGAGCAGCAAGCCUGCCUGACCAGCAAACAGCUGACGGUUAAGUGCGAGGGGCAGUGCCCAUGCGCGAGUGAGCAUAGCCCGACCUCAGCCACAGACACCAAACAAGAAACCUGUACUGGGCAAGACUUGGCAGACUUGGGGGAUCGGCUCCGUGACUGGUUCCAGCUCCUACAUGAGAAUGCCAAGCAGAACAGCUCCGGGAGCGCAGGGGCCAAUCCAGUGAAUGUGCUGGACAAGAGCCUUGUGGCCAGUUGCAAAGACUCGAUUGGCUGGAUGUUUUCCAAGCUGGACACCAACGGCGACCUUUUCCUGGACCAGACAGAGCUGGCAGCCAUCAACCUGGACAAGUACGAGAUCUGCAUCCGGCCUUUCUUCAACUCCUGCGACACCUACAAGGACGGCCGCGUCUCCACCGCAGAGUGGUGCUUCUGCUUCUGGCGAGAAAAGCCUCCUUGUCUUGUGGAGCUGGAGAGGAUACAGAUCCAGGAAGCAGCCAAAAAGAAACCUGGGAUCUUCAUCCCCAGCUGCGAUGAGGAUGGGUACUAUCGGAAGAUGCAGUGUGACCCGAGCAGUGGGGAGUGUUGGUGCGUGGACCACCUUGGCAUGGAACUAACAGGAACGCGGAUGCAUGGGAAUCCAGAUUGUGAUGAUAUCGUUGGAUUCUCUGGGGACUUUGGGAGUGGCGUCGGGUGGGAAGACGAGGAAGAGAAAGAGACUGAGGAAGCCGGCGAGGAGGCCGAGGAGGAGGAAGGCGAGGUGGGAGAGGCCGACGACGGAGGCUACAUCUGGUAGAAGCCGCCGAGGGCACAGUUUGGUCAGGAUGCUGGCUGCAGGGCUGGGAGACGGCCGUCGAAACCCGAAGGAGAGGAACAGCUUAACAAGAUGAUCAGGAAACACA